AUGAUGAAAUCAAGGAUUGUGAUUAAAAAAGAAGAUAGAGGGGAAGAUGAAGAUGAAGAUGAUGGGAUUGUUAUAAUCAUGAUGAUGAAGUACAAUAAUCAGAUUGGCGAUAUACCAAAAAGAAAAGGCAUCAAAGUGAAGAACCAACCUUUGAUAUUCCUUCACAUACUCUAUCCUUUAAGUGUCAGUUUUACGGGAUGGAGAUACCUGCAGAAGAAAUGGAAGGAGUGGGUUGAAAAAAUGGCUUCCUUACAGGAGUCCACAUGGAAGAAAGCUGGAAUUCGUGAAGCUAUCUUGAAUUCUACGUGUGAGAUUCAUAGAAACAAUGAUUUGGUUUUUGGGGUUGCAAAGAGAUGGUGCCCACUCUAA